UGGACAGUCCUCAACACGUACGUUUUACCUGGUGUCCCUACCACCACUUUCUUUGGUCAGUUGGUGGGUACCGUGUUCUCGUUACCGUGGUCCACGCUGCACCGCUGUUCCACUAUCUCCUCAUUCACUUCGCGAUUCGACAAGAUCGAAGAACACGCGGAUACCUGAACUCACCUUCAAUUCUUCAGUAAACGGUCCGCUCGGCCGUAACCCUUAUUCGUUAGUGCGCGGACUUCGAUCAACACCAUUUUAAGUAAUCCAACAUUCUACAGAAUUUUGCAAUGCGAAAGUGACAAACUUACUUCGUAAAACAUCCAUACGAGACACUAGUGGCCAUUGUUUCAUUUUACUUAAAUUAUUUAUAAAAAUAGUGUACGAGGGUAUAAGUCAGGAAAAGUAGGAAGAUAAUGAAAUUUCCAGAAAGUUACAAAUUUUUGUAGAAAAAUUGAAAAUUUUUAUAUUGAAAAAUUCAUUUUUACCUAGAAGAUACAUUUUUACUUGGAUAACUUUUUUUUUCUUUUGAAUUAAUGGUUCACCCUAUUAGGUGAUAAGGAUCAUUCAUAAUUGUAUACUGUAUAGAAUUUAAAAAAGUAGGAAAAAUCUAGGGGUUAAAUAUAAAGCAAGUAGUGCGGUGAUUACCGGUUGACGAAGAACCUGACAGCUGACAGUAACGUGAUAAUCUCAGUUGGAACACGAAGAGGACGUGGAACCGUUGAAGAGGAAAGACCACCGUGGGAUAUUGUGAUUAAGGAAAACGAGGAUCGUAGUUCGAAUAAAGUAUCACUCAAGAAAACUUAGUGCGUGUAGCACCUUGGUGAUAGAGAAACUUGCCUGGCAUGCUUUUCUUUCUUCUAUCCACUCACCUCCACGAAACUGUUUGUGUUACAUAAAGACGGAUUUUACUGGCCAGUUAAUGAACCCGGUUGUGCGAGCAUGUAGGGGACGUCUGUCGGCGAUCUUACGAAACGACAGCCAGGACAUUUCAAUUCAGCGCACGGAGUUCGAAUGAAAAUUUUCGAAGGCCAUCGAGCUUAAGAACAAAAAAGAAAAAAAAUAGCAAUUUCAUUCCGGAACAUAUAACGUCUCUAUAAUACAGUUCUCUUACACUAAGAGGCAAGAAGCGAAGCGAAAAAUUCAGGGAAUCAGAGGGCCAAAAUUAAUUAUUGAAAAUUGAAAACAAAAACAAUGACUAUUAAGAAUAUAUCAACGUCAAAUCGCUUGCAUCCCCAAAAACAAUGCUGGGAGAAGUGACGUGAGAUAAAUACUUUCCAAACGUAACACAUCGUAAAUUAACUAUAACAAUAAUUCUACGGUGAGGUGACGACAAACAGAGCACGAAACGUCCAAUUAACAAUCUAAUUAAUUAUCCUGCUAGAUAUUAAUCUCGCAGAGGUAAAGAUUAUAACACAGAAACCCCGUUGUAAAAGGAUUGAAGAAAAGGAUUUUUGAAAAAGAUUGAAAAAGUUGAAAAAAGAAUUCAAGAUGAAGUUCAUAGGGUCGUUGUUUGGGAUCAGAUCCCCCAAGAAGAUGGGCAAGGAGUAUAUGAAAGUGGGAAGAAAUGCUCUUUUCGGGGUGAAGACGAGUCAACACGAUGGACUGUGCACGGACAGGGUUCCUAGACCUUUGUCCUUUCUUAUUUCGAAAAAUGGGAAACUUAAACAUGGUAGACUAUCAGCAAUAUUUAUAGGAAUCUUAACCCUCGUGAUCGGCAUUAUUUUAAGCAGUAUACCUUGGGUUGACUACGUUAUUUUAAAGCAACUACGAUUAUGGAACGGUUCUCUUUCUUUUCAAUACUGGCAAAAGCCUGGUGUUGUUCGACUGACCAAAGUGUACAUAUUCAACGUAACUAAUCCGGAAAACUUCUUGCAAUAUAACGAGAAACCAAAAUUGCAAGAGGUCGGUCCUUUCGUUUAUAGGGAGGAUAUGGAGAAAGUAAAUAUCGUUUUCCAUAACAAUGGUACCGUAAGUUAUCAACACAAGAAAAUAUUAAAUUUUAUGCCGGAAAUGUCUAAAGACGAAAACCUUAAAGUAAUAGUACCAAACAUUCCAUUACUAACUCUGUCAACACAAAGUAAAAGUCUACCUCGAUUUUUAACUGUAGGAUUAUCCGUGUUUUUGAGCGGAAUGCAUAUGAAAUCGUUUGUUCCUGUAACUGCUCAAGAACUUGUUUUCGGAUACGAUGAUCCGCUAGUUAGUAUUGCUCAUCGAUUUUUCCCGAAAACAAGACGUCCUAUGAGUCGGAUGGGGCUACUUCUCGGGAGGAAUGGUACACUAAAUGAAGUAUCAACUAUUUAUACCGGACAUACUGACAUGAAGGAAUUUGGAUUAAUUAAUCGUUUAAAUGGAUUAGAUCAUUUGCCAUAUUGGCCAAAUGCGCCAUGUAAUUCUAUUCGAGCUUCUGAAGGAUCAUUUUUUCCACCCCGGGAAAAGACUGGUGCUGAUAUCGUUCAUAUAUGGGACAAAGAUAUUUGCCGCACGCUACCUCUAAAAUAUCGAGGUCCAACUGAGAAAUCGGGAAUUAAGGCCGAUUUGUAUACACCAUCAGAUGUUGUAUUCGGACGUCCGAACGAAACUACCCCCGAAAAUGAAUGCUUUUGUUCGGACGAUAUGUCCACUUGCCCUUCGAAUGGGCUACAAAAUAUUAGUCCUUGCCAGUACAGCGCACCAGUCUAUCUUUCUUUCCCUCAUUUCUAUAAAGCGGACCCUAAAUUAUUAGAUGCAGUUCAUGGAUUAAAACCAGAUCAUGAUACACAUGGGACGUAUUUUAAAAUACAACCGAAACUAGGAGUACCACUAGAAGGGAAGGUCCGUGUACAAUUGAACUUAAAGGUUGAACGUCAGCCACAUAUUGGUGUCGUAUCAAAUUUUCCUGACAUCGUGUUCCCUAUCAUGUGGAUCGAAGAAGGUAUCGAAGAAUUAACACCUUCAAUCCGCAGAUGGGUUUAUUUAGCAACCACGUUCAGCGACGUUGCUGUGCCUUGUACCUCGUAUGGCUUAAUUCUAGUCGGUAUGAUAAUCAUAACUACCGUUUUCGUGAAGGCUUAUAACAACGCGGUAUUCACACACGAAGCAAUCGAGUUAGGUAAACGGACUAUCAGAAGAAGUUCCACGUUAUUAGUGAAUGGACAACACAAACUGUUAAUGACACGAGAAUCGUACGUUUUGCUUAAUAGUGAUAAUAUGGAAAAACCGAACAGGAUAGAGGUUUAGUUAGUAAGAAUUUCGUGCCCGAUACGCGUUUAAGUUUGUAUAUACACCCGGUCAGUUCCAAAGGUAAUGAGCUACUGAAGUUGUUGAGAGCCGAUUUCGCGCUUACAAAGAGUAAGAUGCGCGCGCACCCUGAAAGAUGCGUGCGCAUCCUGGCACUACCGCAAGUGCUAAUGUUCUUAUUUUCAAAUCAGGAGGCUGAGGUGCUACUAUAAUUUUCUUUGCACCUAAAAAUUCGUUAAGAAAUACUGCAUAAUACAUUAAUAAAGUUUAUAGAUAAUAGUAACCCAUUUUAAGUUCCAUAGCAAACAAUCUCAUUACUUUUGAAACAUACCGCGUAGUUAUUUAGGCGAUUAAAAAUCGCCUCGCAAAGCGUGUAAUCGUUUGAUCAGUGUACACCAAAGUUUUCUUUCCAAUUAUAUAAAGAGGACGUUGAUGCAUAUGAAUCGCAAUAAAACUUGCUUGACAAACAUUUGUAAGAAUAUUCACGGUUACUUAAUCGUUUCUGUGUCUGUGAUUUUGUCUGUUUAUAUUAAGAUGCUUCUAAUAUGAAACAGAUCGUGCCUAAACAAACGGAAACAAAGGAAAACAUACCGGUAUAAACGAUUUACCCCUUCUGUGGGCAACCAGGCAUUCACGUAGCGUGUGUUAGGUUUUUAUGUAAAUGAUUGCCAAGCAAAAUAUUAAAUAGUCGGUACUUUAGAUAGAAUACAAAGUUUAUUUACAAUUUAUUCUAGUUUCUGAACCUUCGAUAAAAAAAGAACUACGAACCUUAAACUGCCUAUGAUCGAAUCUCCAUAAUGAUUAAAUAUGAAUGGAACAUAUCCAAAUUUCAAAUUUUGAAAAUUGAAAAAUAUGUGUUAAAUUUAAAUAUAGUUUUCAUAUUCA